UUGAACAACCGAGAUAAAUGAGAUAAAAAAAAAUUAUUUCAGUUGCGUAAUAUACUAUUUAUCAUAUGGUUAAUUGCAAGAAAAUCGUAAAUUUUUACAUAAACUUGAUAACGAGUUUCAGAAUUGAUAAAUGGCAAACGAAAUGUAGUUACUUGAAUCAGUAAGUAAUGAACUCAAGGUCAGUUUCCAUCAAGAUUAGUUCUGCGAUAUUCCUUGAAUGAAGUGAAUUUUCUCCAAGUAAGUAGGUAGUCUUUACUUUCAUCGAACCAGUGACAGCUACUGCAGGAAAUAUACACAUGAAUAAUAGUAUCUGUAUUAUAUAAUAGUGUUAUAUUUAGCCAUUGGGCUUUUUUGGGGCAUAUUGUUACAUCUUCAACGCAAAUUUGAAAACAUUUCAUGAGAGAAGCGCAAUGGUCUCGAAAAUUUGGGCUACAAGUAAUAAUGUGUCAGUCAUUGCAGUUGAAAAAGAAACCAACACAGUUUGUGCAGUUGCUGUCAACAAGUUGCAGGUUAAAAGCCAACCCGGGGGUGACUCCUUCUUUACCAACUUCGCCAAAUCAUGCAAGAACCCCCUGUCACGAUUCAUAAUCAAUUACAUGAACGACGCUGAUGACAACUUCGACCUGUUUGAGCAUUGCAAAGUGGACUGUUUGUUGGAAACAAUGUUUUUGGGGACCCAUCCGGAAUUCAGGAGAAGGGGCAUCAGUUCCAAAAUCUGUGAAGUGACUACAGAAGUUGCAAGACGGUUGUUGCACGGAGAAAACGUCAAGGUGUCCCUCGAUGGAACAGAGCUGAAGUUAGAGCCAGUGCCAAAACUGGUAGCUGCGCUGUUCACUUCACCCCAGUCACGGGCAAUCGGCAAGUCAGCGGGAUGGAAAGUUGCGACAACUAUACAAUAUAAGGAUUCCUUUUAUCAAGGGAAAUCCUUGGCUAGUGCUAUGGAGGAUACGAACCGUACAUCACAAGUAUAUUUCAAGAGGCUCCAGUGAUAUGAAUGAUUGGCCUCAAAUGGCGGUGUAGAGAAAUGUAAACCAAUCAAAUUCCGAAUGAC